AUGCAAGAAAACAAACUUCCGGAUUUGUUCAACCAUACCCCGGCCAGGAAAGACUGCCGCGCAGCCAUUUACUUUGCAAAUCCUGCCUUUCCACCAAUCACAUACUUUUAUGGCUCAGGAUCCUGUCAUUUUGGAUCGGAAAACGCCAGCUUCCAGGUGCCCAUCAGUGUGCCAAAUGGUGAUGCAUAUGUGACCUGGUCAGACCCGCAGAAGCACAACUUCGAGUACAAGCACAACUUCGAGUACAAGCACAACGUCAAGCACAACGUCAAGCACAACGUCAAGCACAACGUCAAGCACAACGUCAAGCACAACGUCAAGCACAACGCCAAGCACAACGCCAAGCACAACGCCAAGCACAACGCCAAGCACAACGCCAAGCACAAGCAUAACCGUAACCACAGCCGCAAGCCCCGCGAGUUCUGUGGUUAUCAGCGAGGAUCAAUCCAUCCCACGCUCCAAUUUAUCCAAUACCGUGAGCCCCAGCGCUGA